AUAUUACUAAUGGUUAUUUAAUUUAUAUUUUCGUCAUUAGUUUUUCGAAUUAUGUUGAAACCUUUUUCACAUUAUAGUGAACUUUUUAACACUAUGUUGACUUAUAUUCAUAUAUGAUAUUAUAAGCAAUCUUCCGCUUCCCAGUAGUAAGGUUGAAUUUUAAAAGGUUUUACUGUAUUUAUUUAAAUAAUGUCGGUCUUUUCACAUUUAAAAAAAUUGGCUGUGCUAAGUUUAGGUGGAAUAGUUGGUACAACAUUUCAUUAUUAUAAUAGUUAUAGUGAAUGUGAAUCCUCUUAUGUAUUAAACUCAUGGACAACAAAUUUCACACCUUCUGUAAAAUGGGAUCAUAACUGGGACAAACGAGAUCCGAAAAGUUUAGUGAAACCUGUGAGAAUAAAUAAUGAAGUAGAUGAAAAUAAAUACAAUGAAGAAUUUGCAGCUAAAAGAUCCAAACAUAUAAGACAUUUGAUACUUAUUCGACAUGGACAAUAUAAUACUGCAGGAAAAACAGAUUCAGAUAAAGUUCUUACUGAUCUUGGUCGACUUCAGGCCGAAAUAACUGGAAAAAGAUUAGCAGAGUUAGAUGCAGACUAUUCUUUAAUAGUAAGAUCAACAUUAACAAGAGCACAAGAAACUUCUAAAAUAAUAGAAAAGAGUCUUCCGAAUGUACCAACUCAAGAUGAUAGUCUUUUAGCUGAAGGUGCACCUAUUCCACCUGAACCACCAAUAGGCAAUUGGAUGUCAGAACGACAUUUUUUUCAGGAUGGAGCAAGAAUAGAAGCAGCAUUUAGAAAAUAUUUCCAUCGAGCAGAUCCUCAGCAACAACAAGAUACCGUUACUAUUCUUGUUUGUCAUGCAAAUGUUAUUAGAUAUUUUGUAUGCAGAGCAUUACAAUUUCCUCCAGAAGCUUGGAUGCGUAUGUCUUUAAAUCAUGGAAGUAUUACUUGGUUGAUGAUAUAUCCUAAUGGAAGAGUAACGAUGGUUUGUCUAGGAGAUACUGGUCAUAUGCCACCAAAAACCAUUACAAGGAGAUGACAGCCAUUGUAAACGUUUUUAUUUAUAAAAGUAUUUUUUUAUAAUUAUGUACAUGUGUAAGGAUCACAUCCUUUUUA